AUGAGUGGGAUGCGUGUGGCUUUCCCAGGAACUCAGCGCACGUGGUGCUGUGAUGCGUUUCCUUCAAUUGAGAAAGUGCCUCGUGUGAAAUGCCCAACACUUGUCAUCCACGGAACGGAUGAUGAGGUUAUUGAUUUCUCUCAUGGAGUCUCAAUCUACGAGCGUUGCCCGGCUUCCGUUGAGCCGCUAUGGGUUUCAGGUGCUGGUCACAAUGAUGUGGAGCUACACGCCGCGUACCUGGAACGCCUUCGAAAUUUUAUCGACAGUGAGGCGAGACGCUCUAAAGACGACAUUGGCGUUCGCGUAUAG